AUGCGAACUACUGUAAUUCUAUUCCUCGUUUUUAUCACCAUUGCUCUUUGUCUUUGGUUCAUACCAACUGGUACUGAAGCACUUCCGUUUUCACGUAAUGGUUAUGGACGAUGUCCACCAACAUGUCGUAUGUAUUGUCCAUGUGGACAUGCUGUUGAUGCAUAUAAUUGUCCAAUGUGCCGUUGUCGACCAUCAAAUGCUUGUACAGGAAGACAUCCAAAUGCUUAUGGACAACCACCAUAUAUAAAAACAAAGAUUCUGUAUUGA